CCUGGGUAAAACAUUGCAGAAUUAUUACGGAACAAAUCCUCAAGCUGCGCAUUCUCACGCCAGCAUCCGCUAGCGCUCGUGCAGCGUGCACUAAUGCUCGUGCUGUAUUCCUACCUAUCAGAUCCAAGGAUCGUGAUCGUCCGUUUUGCUGUUUUUGCUAGCCGUCACCUACCACGGACCAGUCCGAGGCGCAAGCAAGUUUACAGUUCCAAGACUUCUCGGACACACUGACCGGUGCCACAGGUGCCCUUCCCGGGCAGGCGUACACGAGUUUCUCCGUGAUGAAUGACGACGACGAAGAAAGCGAUGAGCUGCUGAACCGGGAGAAGGGGGACCCAGGCGGCCAGAAGGGCCCAUCCUUCUGGAAGUUUGCAUACUACCAGAGCCUGUUCGACGUGACGACAGACGACGUGCUGCGCCGACUCACGUGGUCCGCCCUGCCCCAGCUGAAGGGCCCCACGUACCUCGAGAAGCACAUCCAGCCCAACCCAGACCUCUAUGGUCCCGUGUGGAUAGGGCUGACGCUGAUUGUGACGACCUCCGUGAGCAGCAAUGUUGCCGGCUACCUCGAGUCUGCUGGUCAGACCAAGCAGUUCUGGCACACCGACUACACCAGAGUCUCGUUUGCGACCACGGCCAUCCUCCUGUACAUCUUCCUGGCUCCCGUGAUUCUGUGGACGCUCCUCAAGUACCGCAAAGUGGAGUCUCGCUACAGCCUGCUGGAGUCCCUUUGCCUGUACGGUUACUCCCUCUCCGUUUACGUGCCCAUCUCGAUCCUAUGGGCAGUGCACCUGACCUGGCUGCGGUGGCUGCUCAUGAUAGUAGGGGCCUCGCUCUCGGGCUCCGUGCUGGUGCUCACCCUCUGGCCUUCCUUCAAGGACGAGUCACGCAAGAUGGCCUUCAUCAUUAGCGCUGUGGUGUUUGCCCUUCAUGCCCUCUUGGCUCUGGGGUUCGUGAAGUACUUCUUCCAGCACGAGACCAUCCAUGAUGCUGUUGAAAUGAUAUCUUCAACUGCAGCGCUUCCUUCUUCAGCUGUGCCGCUGACUACUGCAUCGCCCAAACUGUUCACUACCAAAAAAUGAUCUUUGAGAGGGAGGAUAUUUUUUUUUAUUUAUUUAAAAUGUUGAAUAAAUGCUGUCUACCAAAAAAAAAAAAAAAA